AUGAAUCAAUCUUCUAUUAUUUUGGAAGAUAAUAAAGAUCAUUCAGCUUAAUAAGAAGAAGAAGAGCGGAUGUUAACAGCAAAAGCAUGUGAUUUAAAGAAAGCAUUAAUUUAUAGAAAGUUUCAACAAAAUGAAAGAGAGGAAGAGUUAGAAGAUAUAAAUUAGCUAUUUGAUGAAAGGUAGUUAAACAUUUUGAAUGAUCUUGCUAAUGACAAUGGUCAUUAUGAAGAAUAGAAUUAAAUUACUUCAUUAAGGUCAGAAGUAAAUAAAAAAUUGUAAACCGUAAUGGAACAUGGUUUAAAAAGACAUACAAUUUAUAUAGUGAAAAAACCAAAAGAAAAAAAAAUAAAAUUUAAUAUAUAAGUAUUAAAACCAGAAGACAGAUUUAGAAUAACGUGGGAUAUGUUCACUAUGUUGCUUAUUUUUUUUGCUAUUUUAAUUUUACCAUUAGAUAUUAGUUUUACAAUUGAAUCAGAAUUUUUUGAUUACUUUAAUUAUGCCUCUAUAGCUAUAUUUAGUUUAGAUAUUCUCAUUAAUUUUAAUACUUCAUAUUAGCUUAAGGGUUAGUACAUAAUUGAUCGCAAACUUAUCGCCAAAAAUUAUUUAAUGGCUUGGUUUUGGAUAGAUUUGAGUAUUAAAUUAAUUAAUCUUAGUUUCGACUUUUCCUUUUGAUAUUAUCAUUAAUGCCUCAACAGCAGAAAUAAUAUAAUCUGAUGAAAUUGACGAAACAUAAUAAUUAAAUGGUUAGAAUUAACCAAAUUAACAAUAAUUUGCUAAUUCAUUUAAAUUAUUCAGAAUUUUAAAAUUUUUUAGAUUUAUAAAAGUUGUAAGAUUACUUAGGGUAUUAAAAUUAAAAAAAAUAUUCUCUAAAUUUGAAGAUUAUGUUGAUUUUUUAAAUUCUAUGGUAUCACUUUAUAAGGUGUUAAAAUUAACAUUUAUAAUGCUUUUUGUAGCACAUUGGUUAGCUUGUAUAUGGCAUUUCAUAGCUGAUUAGGAAAACUCCUCUGACAGUGACAGUUGGUUGACAGCUUAAGGUUUGUAAGAUAGUGAAUGGUAUGUUAAGUAUAUAGCAUCAGUUUAUUGGGCAACAGCUACUAUGACUACAGUAGGUUAUGGAGAUAUCACUCCAGUAACAUCAGUAGAAAAGAUAUUUGGAAUAGUUGUUAUGUUAUUAGCUUGCUGUAUUUUUGCUUAUAUUAUGAACAGUAUUGGUGGAAUAUUUGUUUCUAUGGAUUACAAUGAAAAGUUGAUUAGAUAAAAAAUGGGUUAAGCUAAUCAAUUUUUAAAAUCUAAUGAUAUUCCUAAAGAUUUAUAAGCCAGAGUAAGAAAAUAUCUUGAAUAUAAAUAUGAAAAAGAAUCCACUUAAGUAAAUGAAAAAGAGGCUUUGGAUGUAUUAUCAUACUCUUUAAGAGUUGAAGUACUAGCUGCUGUCAAUACAGAUUUGAUCAAUAAUUCAAAGGUUUUCAAAUAAAAUAAAUUUGAAAGAGAACUGCUGUUACAAUUACCUUUCGAAUUAGAAGAAUAAAUCUUUGGUCCUGAAGAAUGUAUAUUCUUAGAAGGGGAUGAUCCAAUCGAAUAAGAAAAUGGAUAGAAUAUAGAAGAGAGAUGUUUAUAUUUUCUUAAUUAAGGGUAGGUUAUGCUUUGCAUUUAAAAAACAUUUACUUGGCUCAAAACCUUAGAUAAAGGUGCUACAUUUGGAGAACUAGGAUUCUUUAGUAAUAAAUCAAGAAGUGCAUCAGCAUACACACUUGAUUUUGUUUAUGUUUAAAAAUUGAAAAAAAAAAAAUUCACUGAAAUUUUGAAAAAAUACUAAACGUAAAAUCAAUUUUUUCAAAUGAACAAACAUAUUAUUGAAUUAAAUGAAGACUAUUCUCCUCUUGGUUUACCAUGUUUUGGUUGUUAAUAAAUGAAUCAUUUUUCUUCUACUUGUCCAAAAUUACAUUUUGUAACUAAGUAUGAUAGAAAAUAAGAAUUAAUUAUUGAAUUAUAGCAAAAAUAAUAUAAAUUUACUAAGGAAUUCAAAAGGCAUGAAAAAAUCAGAUACAAUUCAAGAGGUUGUUUUGCUCUUACCAAUGAAGUUGCUAAUGAAAUUAAAUAAGUUUAUUCUGCACAGGAAGAGGGGGAUGAUGAUCGAUUAAUUAAACUUUAAUAGUAAUUUAAUAUAUUAAUUUAGGCGAAACGAAGAAGAACCUACUUAAGAAGGUUUUGAAGUAAUAGAGAAUCAAAAAGAAGUUAAAAACCAACAUUAAGAUGAAUUUGAAAGAAUGUAUAUCAUGACUGCGUUUUUUACUCAAUUCAACAUAGAUGAAAUUAUGAAAAAUUACAAUGAAAGAGUAGAAAAUAUUCUCAAUUUAUAAUAAUAAGCUCAAGAACGAAGUAUUAGAAGUCAAUAUCACUCAAUUAAAUCUAACUUUAAAAAAUCAAAAAUUAGAUCUAUGUCAGCUGAACGAGCCGUGUAUUUUGAAAAACUAAUUGAAAAAUAUGGAGGGCCCACUUAAUUCUUAGAAAAACUAAAUUAAGAUAAUUGA